AUGUCUCUCAGUUUGCUUGGUGGUAAACAAGCUGCUUUCUUUCGCAAUUUCCUUCAAGGCUCUUUAGGCAAUGGCCUUCGGACGAGUCGUUUGAUGAAGCGUUCUGCUAUUCAUGAAAGAUCAUUCCAUGCUAGCAAACGUCACCAAUCUACUUAUGAGGAGGAGAAAGCUAUUUUAGAGGAGAUGGAAUCAAGUCUGAAACCUGCAGAUAUCAAAGCUGCCAGAGCUUUGCGUAAUAUUGGUAUUUCUGCUCAUAUCGACUCAGGUAAAACAACCUUCACUGAGCGAGUUCUUUACUAUACUGGUAGGAUCAAGGCCAUUCAUGAAGUGAGAGGUCGUGAUAACGUCGGGGCUAAAAUGGAUUCCAUGGAUCUGGAAAGAGAGAAAGGUAUCACAAUUCAGUCCGCAGCCACAUACUGUUCCUGGGAAAAAGACAAGAAGCCAUAUCACUUCAACCUUAUUGACACGCCAGGACACAUCGAUUUUACCAUCGAGGUGGAGCGUGCGUUGAGAGUUUUGGAUGGUGCUGUUCUGGUGGUUUGCGCCGUUUCAGGCGUUCAGUCGCAAACCGUCACAGUCGAUCGCCAAAUGCGUAGGUACAACGUUCCAAGGGUUACUUUUAUCAACAAGAUGGAUAGAAUGGGUGCCGAUCCGUUUCGUGCCAUUGCUCAGAUCAAUUCGAAGUUGAAAAUACCUGCAGCCGCGAUCCAAGUUCCUAUCGGUGCCGAAUCUGAUCUUGAAGGAGUGGUUGAUAUCAUCAAUCGCGUUGCUCUAUACAACAAAGGUGAUAACGGGGAAACUGUGGUGAAGGGACCAGUUCCAGAAACGCUAAAGGAUAUGGUUGAAGAGAAAAGACAAGUCCUGAUUGAGACCCUUGCCGAUGUGGAUGAUGAGAUGGCAGAAUUGUUUUUGGAUGAACGAGAACCUAAUGCAGAACAAAUUAUGGAAGCAAUUCGCAGAGCUACGAUUGCCAGAAAAUUCACACCUGUUUUGAUGGGAUCAGCGCUCGCUAAUACAGGUAUUCAGCCUGUGCUUGAUGCAAUUGUGGACUACUUGCCAAACCCCUCUGAAGUGUUGAACACUGCAUUGGAUAUUGCACAUGAUGAAGCAAAGGUCAAUUUGAUUCCGUCGGUUCAGCAACCUUUCGUUGGCCUGGCGUUUAAACUGGAAGAAGGCCAAUACGGGCAAUUGACUUAUAUUCGUGUUUACCAGGGACGUUUGAGAAAGGGAGGCUACAUUACCAAUGUGAAAACCGGUAAGAAGGUAAAGGUGUCUAGACUAGUCAGAAUGCACUCAAGCGAUAUGGAAGAUAUUGACGAAGUUGGUUCGGGUGAAAUAUGUGCUACCUUCGGUAUUGACUGCGCGUCUGGUGACACUUUCACGGAUGGAAGCGUUGAUUAUUCGAUGUCGUCUAUGUACGUUCCAGAUGCCGUGGUUUCUUUGUCUAUUCACCCCAAAACUAAAGAUGCUGGUAACUUUUCGAAGGCUUUGAAUCGGUUCCAGAAGGAAGACCCCACUUUUAGAGUGAGGUUCGACCCUGAAUCUAAGGAAACUGUGAUCUCAGGUAUGGGAGAAUUGCAUCUUGAGAUCUACGUGGAGAGAAUGAGACGUGAGUACAACGUCGAAUGUACAACUGGUAAGCCCCAAGUGUCUUACAGAGAGUCCAUUACUAUUCCAGCAGAUUUCGAUUAUACCCACAAAAAGCAAUCUGGUGGUGCAGGUCAAUAUGGUAGAGUUAUGGGAACGAUGUCUCCAGUUGAAGAAGGCAACAAGCACAACUCGUUCGAAACUGCUGUUGUGGGAGGCCGUAUUCCGGACAAAUACCUGGCAGCAUGUGGUAAAGGUUUCGAAGAAGCCUGCGAGAAGGGUCCUCUAAUUGGUCACAAGGUCAUUGGAGUCAACAUGUUGAUCAACGAUGGUGCCAUUCACGCCGUCGAUUCUAAUGAACUGUCCUUCAAAACCGCCACAAUGGCGGCUUUCCGUGAUGCGUUCCUCAGAGCACAGCCAGUCAUCCUUGAGCCUAUUAUGACCGUCACAGUCACCUCUUCCAAUGAAUUUCAAGGGAAUGUUAUAGGCAGCUUGAACAAGUUGCAAGCUGUAAUUCAGGACACAGACAACGGACCCGAUGAGUUCACCAUUAAAGCUGAGUGUCCCUUGAGCAAUCUCUUUGGCUACGCCACAUCUUUGAGAGCAUCUACCCAGGGUAAGGGUGAGUUUUCGCUGGAGUUCAGCCACUAUGCUCCAACGGGUGCCCAUGUCCAGAAGGAACUGAUUGCCGAGUUUGCCAAGAAGCAACAACAGAAGAAAUAA